UUUUCGGCAUUUCUUUCGAAUUAUAAUUUUUUAAUUACCGAAAUCAUCGUGGCGCUAUCCGCCUGGAAUUGUCUAACGUGCUUGCCAAACCGAGUCACGAUUACGAAGUCAUUUAUUCGCGAAUGUACAAACGUGAGUGUUAUAUCCCGCGUAUUUGUCGCGUCAGUUCGUGAGUGUAUCGCGAGUGUUCGCCACGGGAAUAAUUAUGAGUGCUAUGCUACCGAUAUUAUGUGUUAUCCUGAUCCUUAGCGUCACGACGACUACGGUGCGCGCCGGAUUGAAAUGUGACGCUGUCAGAUCGUACUUCGAGUCGCAAGGUUUUCCGGCCACUGACAUUCCCAAGGAGGCAAUUUCAUCAAAGGAGCUGAAAGUAUGCGGGAGCGUGAGAAGCGGCGGCGAGGUGUGCUGUUCCGCGGACAUGGAGGUGAGAUUGCAGGCGAGGGCACGUGACAAACAUGAGAAAGCCACCAAAGAAACUCUUCAACGGUUGCACCAAGUCCUGUCCACGAGAGGGUCCAGGUUCCACAGCUUCUUCAAGGAUCUCUUCGCAAAUAGCAAGAGGGUCUUUCACGAGAUGUUUAAGAAGACUUACGGUACCCUCUACGAGCAGAACGCGUACGUGUUCACGGACUUAUUCAAGGAAUUGGAGAAUUAUUACGCGAAGGGAACGGUCGAUCUCGACGACACCAUGGACAAUUUCUUCAACACCCUUUAUCAAAAAAUGUUCACCGUGUUGAACAGUCAAUACAAUUUCGACAAUAAGUACAUGGAAUGCGUGGGGGAGCACAUGAAAGAAAUCAGACCGUUCGGCGACGCGCCGCAAAAACUCGGGGUGCAGAUCAAGAGAUCGUUCGUUGCCACGAGGGCUUUCAGCCAGGCGUUGACCGUAGCUGCCGACGUCUUGAAGAACAUGCAAUCGUUGAAGCCAUCGGCGGAGUGCGCAGCUGCGCUCACGAGGAUGACCGUCUGUCCUUCGUGCAGCGGGAUCGCCGGCAACGUGUUGGCGUGCGGCGACAUGUGUGCCAACGUGAUGAAGGGUUGCCUUGCCCAGCACGCGGCUCUGGACACUGAAUGGAAUCACUUCGUCGAGGCCGUGGACAAAGUGGCGGACCGGCUGUUGGGCCCCUUCAACAUCGAGAUGCUGGUACGACCGCUCAACUUGAAAAUCUCGGAGGCGAUCAUGAACUUCCAAGAGAACAGUAACGACGUCUCGCAAAGGGUGUUCACCGGCUGUGGCCGGCCCGUGUUGGGAAGGCGCAGACGUCGGGACAAUCGAGAAUUGGAACUGGAAUCGUUGAAUUUCGAUCAGGACACGUUGACGGACGAUCGAGUCUCGGCUGCGGCUAUCCUCGACAAAUUGGUGAAGGAGACGCGGCAGAGAGUGAGAGAUUCGAGGCAAUUUUGGGUUUACCUACCUUACAAGAUUUGCAACGACGGCCUCGUCGUGCCUCCUAGCAACACCAAAGAAUGCUGGAACGGCACGCACGUCGACAAAUAUAUUUACCCGGUUUCGUCUAAUGGCGAGGAUCAGAAAUUGAAUCCAGAAGUGCUUAGCGCGGGAACGAGACCGACAAUCGUCAGGGACCAGGUCUUCGCGUUGACCACCAUCACGAAUAGACUGAAAUCCGCGUACAACGGGCAGGACGUUGAUUGGAUAGAUACGGAGGACACGGAGUGGAACGGUUCCGGAAGCGGAUCCGGGGACAGCACGGACCAAGAUCCGAUCACGGACGACGAGGACGGUUUCAAGGAGGGUUCCGGUUACGAGCCAAAGUAUUCGCCCUCAGAGACCCCCAAACCCCCGGCCGUUCAUCCGGAAGUGGUGCCUCCGAGGGUGGAAGUGGACCAGAAGACUCCCAGUGUCAUCUCCAAUAACAACAACAGCAAUAACAAUAACGACAACAGCAACAACAGCAGCAACAACAACAACAACAACAACGGCACGUCCAGCGUGGAUAGCGGGGCGAGCAGGCAGAAGAUAUCCCUGUCACGUGCUCUGACGACGUACCUCGUGCCCAUAGUGGUGAUGUGGUUCGGUGGCUGCCUCACCGAGUGGCUGUGAUCGUGUUGUUCCCGGAACGGAAGAAGAAUCGUGCAAGGGACGGAUGUAAAUAGAUUAUUCCUUUGAAAGAAAAGAAAAAAGAGAGAAAAAGAAAAAAAAAAAAAGAACUGUACCAGCUCCCCUUCCCCCUCGAUUGGCGCAGGAAAAAUGGCGGCCAGUCGAGAGGACGAGAUGAAGGAAGAGACGAAGGCGAGAACGUCGCUUUUUUCAAAAAUGCGCGUUUUUUUUCCUUUCUUUCUUUCUUUCUUUCUUUCUUUCUUUCUUUCUUUCUUUUUCCCCUUCCUCCUCCCUCCCCUUUUUUGACGGAAAAAUACGCAUCCCUCUCUCGUUUCGGACGGAGGAAAUGGCAAUGGGAUUUCGUAUCGAUUCGAUCAUCUCGCUGCCAUCGAGUGGAUGAGGAGGAGAUUGGAGAUUUCGUUGAAAAGAAAAAAGAAAGAAGAAGAAAAAGGAGAGGGAUAUCGAGCUGGGAUAUCGAUUAUCCGGAGACUUUUCACGGAUUGACGAGCGUGCCUUCAUCGACGAGUGGCAUGAUCGGCUCGAGGAGGGUUGUUAGGGUUACUUUUUUUUUUUUUUUUUCUUUUUUUUUCCCCCCCCUUUUGGAGUUCCUACGUUUUCUUGCGCCACUGUUCGAGAGGGAGAACUCGCGGAGAAAGAAAGAUUAAGAUUCGAUUUCGUUUUUAAAAAGAUUUAGUUGGCGUAAUCUCGUAAUUCUCUUGCCUCUUCGACGAAGAUUCUAUUUUUCCUAGAUUUCUUUUUACGCGAGGCAAGAAGUAAGCAAGAAGUUAAGCGUCUCCUUCUCGAAAUUCGGUGGAAAAAUUUGAGACGCAGUGGCGUAGGAUGAACCGGGGGCUGAACCGAAUGGCCUUGAACUUGGUUUAAAGGAGAAAAACAUAUAGGAGAAACGAAAAGGACUGAUUAUCGAGCGUCGUAUUUCUCUUCUCCAGCUGCUCUGUCCUGGAACGGUAUGAAAGAUUCGUAGCACGAAGGGAGAAAGAAUCGAUAAGAAUGCUAGAUUUCGAUGACAAACGAGACAUUAAAACGUUUGUGUUUUUUAAGUAGUAAGGAAAGAGGAAUGGAGAAAAAGAUGGACUUGUUAUUCACCCGAGGAGAAUAAUAUCGAUAUUAUUUUUUAACUCGAGAACCGUCUCUUGUUGAUCAGUGUUGUUUGAGGAGUUGUGAAUGGUGAAUAAAGAUUUUUGUGGUGAAUGAAAGAAUAUUAUGAUAUUGGGACGAUGAGUGACGUGUGAUAAAAAUUCGUUUAAAAAAAAAAAAAAAGAAAUAAUAUUCGAUAAUAAUAUCGAUACACUUGCAAUUCUUGAUAUUCUUCAAUUGCUAGGUAAAGAUCGACGAAAAGA